CCACCAGCUCAAACUGAAGGAGGAGAAGCCAACAGGGCCAGUAAAGUCAAGUUGUUAGCUAGCGAGCUAGCGUUGCUAAGAUGGCAUAUAAAUGAAAAGUGAAACAGAAACACAUAUUUUGAAAGUAGUCACAUAAGUCAAGCAUUAGUACGGCACAUCGUCCAUAUUCUUGAAAUCGUGUUAGUGUGACAGCUGAGCACCAGAAACAACAAGCCAUGCUGACGUGUGAGAUUUGUGGCGAGGAAUUGGUGUUGGACGAGGACAUGAAGACCCAUCUCCUCCUGAGCCACAUGGAGAAUGACAUGGGCUGCCCCCUCUGUUCCUGGUCCGGAGUCGCCUACAACGAACUCCGCUUCCACAUCAAUACCACACACAAAGAGAAGCAGGACCAUGACGGAGUAGAGGGUAGAGGUGGUCACAGUCUUGUCAGGCCCAGCUCAAGUCCUACUCCCUCUAUCACCAUAGUGGACAGUCACUGCAAACAAUCCAUUGGUUUGUCUCGGUCUGAGGGUUCUGAAAAAGGAGUAGCCAAUGGGAACAGGUUUGACACCAUUGGAGGAGGGUUCUCACUCAGGACAUCCAAUAGCACACUGGAGUCUAAGGAGCGAAUGACUGUAUCCCCCCAAGCUUUUAGUAGGGGGGAGUCCGGUGGAGGGCGAGCAGUGGCCAUUGUUGAACCCACCUCUUCAGUGUCUAUGGGCUUUCUGAGAUCAGCUCAGGACUCCAGUAGGCCUACUAGCAGACACUGUAAUGCUGAGGACUCUGUGGGAGUGGAAUCCGCAGAGCACACCACAGUCAAACAGAAGCGUUUCUCCUCCCCACUUAAAGAGAAGCAGUUUUCCUGUCCCAUGUGUGCUCUGGUCUGCACAGAUGCCUUCAUCCUACAGGAACAUGUUGAAUUGCACUUGCUAGAAGAGAGCCCAGCUGAAGAGGCUGUCCUGGGGGCCACAUCAUCAAACAAGGCAGCAUCAUCCAGCAACAGCUCAGGUGGGAAGAGUUAUGAGUGUCCCCUGUGUUCUGUGGUGUGUGGAGACUGCUACUCCCUACAGGAACAUGUGGAGCUGCAUCUUGACUAUGGCACAGUCACUAGUGCAGUGAGCCCUGGCUCAGACCUGAGGCUGGCCAGACGGCUGCAGGAGGAGGAGAAGCAGAGGAGGAAGGAGCAGGAUGCGAAGCAGGAAGCAGAGGAGUUCAAGAAGCUGCAGAGGCAGUUUGGUGUGGAUGGGAGGGGGGGCUACCGCAAACAGAUGGAGAGGACCAUGGAGAAAGCCGUGUCUCGAGGUGUCAUGGUGCCUGCUGACUUCCACAACAAGAGAGCAGAGAUGAUGGAGGCUCUGGCCUCAGGGGUCGACGAUGGCAGGACCAGAACGCAGGGUGUGCUGGGUGCUCUGUAUGUUUACUACCAGAGGGAGGUCAGAGACUGUGUCCACGUGUGGCUGAGUGCUGACACAGACCACUUCUGCUCAUCAGAGGGGGAUAAGGGCUGGGGAUGUGGCUACAGAAACUUCCAGAUGCUCCUGUCUUCUCUGCAAAGAAUGGAGCCCUACACUACCUGUCUCUCAGAGGGGUCAGUACCCAGCAUCCCCCGGGUGCAGGUGUUGAUAGAAGGGGCGUGGCGGGAGGGGCUAGACCCACAGGGUGCCACCCACUUUAACCAGCGACUACAGGGCACGCGGGCCUGGAUAGGAGCUACGGAGAUCUACUCUCUCUGCACCUCCCUCAGAGUCAGUGCCCGUGUUCUAGACUUCCACCAGCCCACGGGUCCAGGGGACACCCACCCCCGCCUCUUUGACUGGGUGAAGCAGUACUUCUCUCAGACUGGUGCCAGACUACCGCCCCGGGUGGUGCAGACCACACAGCCGCCCCUCUACCUCCAGCACCAAGCCCUGCCACAAAAGGACCAGCUGACAUCAUGUCAGUGAUUCUCUCGUUAACACAGGUGUGAGUGUUGACGAGGACAAGGCUGGAGAUCACUGUUAUGCUGAUUGAGUUCGAAUAACAGACUGGAAGCUUCAAAGGGAGGGUGGUGCUUGGAAUCAUUGUUCUUCCUCUGUCAACCAUGGUUACCUGCAAGGAAAGACGUGCCAUCAUCAUUGCUUUGCACAAAAAGUGUGUGUGAGUGUAUCUGCACCCACAGUGAGGCAAAUACUUUUGGAGGAUGGCCUGGUGUCAAGAAGGGCAGCAAAGAAGCCACUUUGGAAAAACAUCAGGGACAGACUGAUAUUCUGCAAAAGGUACAAGGAUUGGACUGCUGAGGACUGGGGUAAAGUAAUUUUUCUGAUGAAUCCCUUUUCCGAUUGUUUGGGACAUCCGGAAAAAAACUUGUCCGGAGAAAACAAGGUAAGCGCUACCAUCAGUCCUGUGUCAUGCCAAGAGUAAAGCAUCCUGAGACCAUUCAUGUGGGGUGUUGCUUCUCAGCCAAGGGAGUGGGCUCACUCACAAUUUUGCCUAUGAACAUAGCCAUGAAUAUAGAAUGGUACCAACACAUCCCCCGAGAGCAACUUCUCCCUACCAGUCAGGAACAGUUUGGUGACGAACAAUGUAUUUUCCAGUAUGAUGGAGUACCUUGCCAUAAGACAAAAGUGAUAACUAAGUGACUCGGGGAACAAAACAUCAAUAUUUUGGGUCUAUAGCUAGGAAACUCCCCAGACCGUAAUCCCAUUGAGAACUUGCGGUCAAUCCUCAAGAGGCGGGUGGACAAACAAAAACCCAUAAAUUCUGACAAACUCCAAGCAUUGACUAUGCAGGAAUAGGCUGCCAUCAGUCAGGAUGUGGUCCAGAAGUUAAUUGACAGCAUGCCAGGGUGGAUUGCAGAGGUCUUGAAAAAGAAGAGUCAACACUGCAAGUAUUGACUCUUUGCAUCAACUUCAUGUAAUUGUCAAUAAAAGCCUUUGACACUUAUGAAAUGCUUGUAAUUAUACUUCAGUAUUCCAUAGUAACAUCUGACAAAAAUAUCUAGACACUGAAGCAGCAAACUUUGUGGAAAUUAAUAUUUGUGUCAUUCUCAAAACUUUUGGCCACAACUGUACAUCUGGUGUCUACGUUAUCUCUAAAGCCGCGUUCACAUUGGCAGUUUGAAGUGACUCAAAUCCUAUUUAUUUGCAUAUCCGAUUCAAAUCUGUUCUGUUUCCUGCAGUCUGAACUGCCAAAAAGCACAUGGAAUCUGAUAUUUCAAGCCACAUUUCAAACCACCUUCAUAGGUGUUUUUAAAGUCCGAUACAAAUCUGAUUCCCGGCCGUGUGACUUGUGUGAAUGGUCAAACCAGAUUUAUUUGCCCUCAAGUGUUUGUUUUUUUAGACUUUUUUUGGCAUAUCUUGUUGGUUGCUAGCUACUCCGUUGACAGUUUGACAAGAACAUGUGGUAGUAACUUGCUUGUUAAUCGUUUACAAACAAAUGAGUGAAUAUGCUAGAAAGCUAAACUGCUAGCUAGUUGACUACUGUGGCUAUCCAGAUGAUUCCAUUUGAAAGUUGGAUCAUCUUAUCCUUUUGAGGCUUUAAGUGUUCUUACACUAUGAUUUUUGAACAUACAAAGCAACUGGGGAAACAUCCAUGGCAGGCAUUGUUAUUACCUUAGCUUGAUACAUAACUUCUGAGUGAUGGGAAGCAUGAGCACCACCACCAAUCAGCCUACAUCACUGUGCACACACCCGUUGUUACUAUGAAAACUAGCAUAGCAUUCAUUUGCUGACAUGGCUAUCUGAACACACACAAAUCUGAUUUGGUCACUUGUAACAUGCUGUGUGGAAAGUCAGUAGUCCAAAAUGCAUUUGAAAAACAAAACUGAUUUGGGCAUUAAGGCCUGCAGUGUGAACAAGGCUUUAGUGUGUUUUCUCCAUGUCUUCUAUCGACAU